AAGGCCUCAGGAAGAGGAAAACGCGAGAAGAGGAAGAUCGAGAGAAAAAAAGGAGAUCAAAGCGAGCACCCAGAGAAAAAGGCAGAUCCAGAUAAAGCAAAGAGGGCCCUUAGGAAGGGGCGAAAACAGAGAGGACAAGGAAACUUAAAAGAGAGCGGGAAGAGAAGAACUAAAGGAGGGCUGAAGUGCGUCGGACUGGCUCAUGGCCCUCAGUGCUGGGGGGAGGCUGGGGGCGGGGCCUGAGACAAGCGCCGUGCGAAUAACGAAUCCCCCCCCCUUACUUCCGACGCAGGAUGGUCGCGCCCGACGGCGGCGGCCAAUGGGCGAUCCGGAUGUUGGAGCGGCGGUGGCGGUCGGGGUUGCUCGCUGGCUGGGGGUAGGCGGCCGCCGCCAUGAUGCUUGUUUGCUUUCAAUGAAAACGAGGGGGGCGCGGAGGAGGAGGCGUCGGCGUCGGUGGCGGCGGCGUCGACGGCGCGGAGGCGAAAGCGGUGGCGGCGACGGGCGCAGCGAGGAGGGCGAGGCCGGGGGCCGAGACAGCGGGAGGGCGUAGUGGCGGCCGGUCGGGGCGGCGGAGGCGGGCAGCUUGAAGCGGUGGCGCUCGGAGGGGGAACAAAGAGCGGCGGCUGAGGCGGCAAACGAGCGGCGGCGGCGGCGCUGCAGCAGCGGGCGGGACUGGUAUGGUGGUUCCACAGGUCAGACCCCGCUGCGCUCACAGGGAGGAGGCGGCGGCGGCGGCGGCGGAGGCGGCGGAGGAAGGCGUCGCUCCUCGAGAGGCAUGCCCAAAGAAAAAUACGAGCCACCUGACCCUCGGAGGAUGUACACAAUUAUGUCCUCCGAGGAAGCAGCAAAUGGAAAGAAAUCACAUUGGGCAGAGCUUGAAAUAAGUGGAAAUGUAAGAAGCUUAAGCUCAUCUUUGUGGUCACUGACUCACUUGACAGCUUUGCAUCUGAGUGACAAUUCCCUGUCCCGCAUUCCUUCAGACAUUGCCAAGCUUCACAAUCUGGUGUAUCUGGACCUGUCUUGUAAUCAAAUCCGUAGUUUACCGGCAGAACUCGGAAACAUGGUAUCACUCAGGGAGCUCCGUUUAAAUGACAACCAGUUACGAGUUCUACCUUUUGAGCUGGGAAAACUGUUUCAGUUGCAAACACUAGGCCUGACAGGAAAUCCACUUACCCAGGAUAUAUUGAACCUCUAUCAGGAACCAGAUGGAACAAGAAGGCUACUGAAUUACUUGCUUGAUAAUUUGUCAGGUACUGCAAAAAGAAUUUCAACAGAACAACCACCUCCAAGAUCUUGGAUUAUGUUACAAGAACCAGACAGAACAAGGCCAACUGCCUUGUUUUCUGUCAUGUGCUAUAAUGUUCUUUGUGAUAAAUAUGCGACCCGGCAGUUAUACGGCUACUGUCCAUCAUGGGCACUAAAUUGGGACUACAGGAAAAAGGCCAUUAUUCAAGAAAUCUUCAGCUGCAAUGCUGAUAUUAUAAGUCUUCAGGAGGUUGAAACGGAACAGUAUUAUAAUUUUUUCCUGGUAGAACUGAAAGAACGUGGCUAUAAUGGGUUCUUUAGUCCUAAAUCACGAGCUAGGACAAUGUCAGAACAAGAAAGAAAACAUGUUGAUGGCUGUGCAAUAUUCUUCAAGACAGAAAAAUUUACUUUGGUUCAGAAACACACUGUUGAAUUUAAUCAGCUAGCAAUGGCAAAUUCAGAAGGGUCUGAAGCUAUGCUGAAUAGAGUCAUGACAAAAGAUAACAUUGGAGUUGCAAUAUUGCUAGAACUUCGAAAGGAGUUGAUUGAAAUGUCAUCUGGCAAACCACAUCUUGGAACAGAAAAACAACUUAUUCUUGUGGCUAAUGCUCAUAUGCAUUGGGACCCUGAAUACUCUGAUGUGAAGUUGGUACAAACUAUGAUGUUCCUCUCAGAAGUGAAGAACAUUAUUGAUAAAGCCUCGCGAAGCCUCAAAUCCAGUGUGUUGGGAGAAUUUGGAACCAUUCCACUUGUCUUAUGUGCAGAUCUGAAUUCUUUGCCAGAUUCUGGGUAUAAUUGACUACAUCUUUUAUUCUAAACCUCAGCUAAACACUUUAGCCAUCUUGGGACCUCUGGACCACCAUUGGCUAGUUGAGAAUAACA